CCUCUGCAGUGUGCUUGGGUCCUUCAAUUUCCGGGAGCGUCUUCCUUCAGGCCAGGGUGAGGAGGUAACGCUGGCUGCGGCUUCUCGGGAAGGCAUUUUCUGCUUCGCUCUCAUGGCGGACAAGAAAAUAGUGGUGGUGUUUGGAGCCACAGGUGCCCAGGGGGGCUCAGUGGCCCGUACCCUCAUAGAAGAUGGAACGUUCAGGGUUCGAGCUGUGACCCGGGACCCUGGGCAGAGAGCAGCAAAGGAGCUGAAGCUGCAAGGUGCAGAAAUAGUGCAGGGAGACCAGAAUGAUGAGACCAGCAUGGAACUUGCCCUCACUGGGGCUCAUGCCACCUUCAUUGUGACCAACUACUGGGAGAACUGCAGUCAAGAGCAGGAGGUCAAGCAGGGAAAGCUGCUGGCCAAUUUGGCCAAGCGCCUGGGCCUUCGCUAUGUGGUCUACAGCGGCCUGGAGAAUAUCAAGAAGCUGACGGCAGGGAGACUGGCAGCAGGCCACUUUGAUGGAAAAGGGGAAGUGGAGGAAUAUUUCCGGGACAUCGGUGUUCCCAUGAUCAGUGUGCGGUUGCCCUGCUAUUUUGAGAACCUCCUCUCCUACUUCCUGCCCCAGAAAGCCCCAGAUGGAAAGAGCUACUUGCUGAGCUUGCCCAUGGGUGACAUACCCAUGGAUGGUAUGUCCGUCGCUGACCUGGGCCCUGUGGUGCUCAGCCUGCUGAAGAUGCCAGAAAAAUACAUUGGCCAGAACCUUGGGCUCAGUACCUGCAGGCACACAGCUGAGGAGUACGCUGACCUGCUCUCCAAGCACACUGGAAAGGCAGUGUAUGAUGCCAAGACGACCCCUGAGGAGUAUGAGAAGCUUGACUUCCCUGGGGCUCAGGACCUGGCCAACAUGUUCCGUUUCUAUGCCUUAAAACCCAACCGGGACAUUGAACUGACGCUGAGGCUCAAUCCCAAGGCCAAGACGCUGGAUCAGUGGCUGGAGCAGCACAAAAGGGACUUUUCCAGGUUGUAGUGACCCUGUCCACUUUUUGACACCAUCUAGGGGGAGGGGAGGUGCAGCCGCAGUGAUCCAUUCUUGUUACAAAAAAAUUAUUUUUAAAAUAAAGGCCAUUGUUCUCAGAUGGUUUCCAAAAGAAAAGGGCUUUGUUUCUGGGACUUGGGCUGGGGUGGCAGCUGCUGGGCACUGAUUCCAACAAGACACAUAGUUGUGGGGGGUCCAGUGCCCUCCCUCUGCAGUGAGGGGGUAUGAGGGCAGAACAGGCAUUUGGUAACAACACACAGGACUUUAGAUGCAGUUUUAAGGUUUAGUCAAACAGGUGUGAAACAGCAUUGUGACCACAUCCUGUGGCUCUGUGACCAGUGGCUCUGACCACCCUGUUCCACAUUUGAAAUUCACUCAAAGCAUGAACAGAGUCCAGGACACAGAGGACUCCCCCCGCCAGCCAGGAGCCAUACAUUUUGCCACCCCUGCACAUACACCCUUCAGCUCCCGAAAGCUACUGAGGUCAAUGGCAGAGGGUGUAUUCUUUCUUCAAAUUGAAGGUGGUAAGACUGAGCCCUCACCCCUCUCCUGGGCAGGGCCUGCCCUGGGGUGCAGCCUCAAGAUUGUGUGAUCUGCAAAACAGGCUGG